AUGGCAGAAAAUCAAAGUAGUCUCGAACAGGCCCUCGCUGCCAUCCGGAACUUCGGCUUCCAGCACCCCGACGAUCAGCUCCUAGAAUGCUUCUUGUGCGACUCAGUUGAUCCCGAAACAACUGCUCGCUAUGUUCUCCGAAAAUAUUGCGGCCAACAGGAAGAUCUUAGUUUGGCGUUGUUGCUAUAUGAUUGGAAAGAGCUUCUCGAAAAUGUGAUUGAGCAGUUCACGCAUAAAGCCAAGACCGAAGGAGAUAUUGUCGCAACUAAUCGAAGUUUGAAGCAGUUUCGAGAACUCUUCGGAAUCUUCGUUGGCUCUGAUCUGCAAAAGCAAAUACACAGUCAUGAUGUCCGCCUUGGUGGUGUACAAAAUCACUGGCUUGUACGUCAGUCUGCUGCGAAGGCUCUAGCACAAGGUUACUUUCGCUUCGCAUCCACAAGAGGCUCUGACUAUCGUGUAUCACAAGUCACAAUUGGAGGUCCCAACCGACCUUCCAUUGUCGACAAGAUCUCGACUCUUCGAAGAGGCCGCUUUAUGGACCAUUCUAACUCUGGAAUCGAGACUCCAGAAAUCAGUCUGCUCCUAGCUACAUCGAGAUUCUUCAAGUCCAUAUGCUGGAGUCUGGUUGGUCAAGAAAUUGCUAGUCGACCGAAACAAUCGACAAAAAGUACGCUACUCUCCUCACCUUGGCCCUACGUGUCGGAGUACGUUGCUCUUGCGUUUGCGUCAAUUUGCCGUUUGAUGCCGGCUCAUCUUCGCAUAAGGAUCUACCAAUCUCUAAAGCUCUUGGGGGUUCGGACUUAUGGACCAUCCUCUAGCCUCAAGGUCCAACAGCUUCCUUUUGGCAUGUACCUGAAAACGAUGCAUCGUGAUGACUACCAAGCACUGGCAAACGAGUUUGGAGCUCUGAGGCUUGUGAGGGACCAGACCAAGGUCCCCGUUCCCCGUCCAUUGGACCUGGUUUGUGACGCUGAUGCAUCGUAUCUGGUGACAACUACAAUGCCGGGACAACGGUUGGGCUCCUAUAUCGAUGUACUCAGCGAUGAUGAUCUCGAUACCUUCAAACGCGAUAUGCAGAAAUACAUGGCACAGCUGCGCUCGAUCUCAAGACAAGGAGACCAGAGGCAUGCCAUUAGCAAUGCUGUUGGUGGGCCCUGUUAUGACUAUCGAAUUGUGGCCUGUCGCGAUUAUGACAAAGAGCGGGGUCACUUCUUUGGGCCUUUCACUGACGAAGAAGAGUUCAAUAAUACACUGCGAACGCCCGCGCUGCCAGAUGUAUUUCAUUCCACGGGCCAUGAUAUAGUGUCCACGCAUUCCGAUAUUAACAUGAGGAACAUCUUGAUGCAUAAAGGUCGGAUUUCGGGUAUUGUAGACUGGGAGAACUCAGGAUGGUUUCCCGAUUAUUGGGAGUAUACCAAAGCGCACUAUGUUACUAAGCUCAACAAGAGGUGGUUGACAGUGGUUGAUCGGAUCUUUGCGAACUUUGGUGACUUUAAGGUUGACUUGGCAAUUGAGCGUCGCCUAUGGGAGUAUUGCUUUUAA